UAACAAUAUUAACCAUGGACCAGCAUGACAUGACGCUCCGUAAUCGCCAAAAAUGGAGCAACCCGCAGCACUGCUUUUCCGGCCUAGUGCUGGGUUGGUUUUUACCGACCUCUCUCAACAAGGCAGCGCUGCCGAACAGGCGGUAGUGGUGCAGAAUAGCAGUCUCGAAGCAGCUGUCGAUGUGGAGUGCACUGUAACGAGUAACCGGAGUUGGUAUACGGUUCGGCCUCAGGUUAUGAAGAGGGAAGAAUCUACUUCUUCUAUGGUACUUUCUCAGUUUUGGGGUGACUUAUGAUCACCCACAAAGCGCGAUGAUGAACUACGGCGAUAGAUCCAUCAACUACGGCGAAUUUAGUUAGGUAAAGCUGUCUGUAAUACCCCACGAAUGGGUACACUACUACUACUACUACUACUACUACUACUACUACUACUGGUUAACUGAAAGUUGGAUAAUAGGAAGUUAUCUAUGAAAAGCUUCUCAGAAGCUCUAAUUCCCGCAAAAUCACUUUACCCGCCAACGCCUCUCGCGAAUUCCAUGUCAGAGUACAAAUUGAUCGGGCUCUAGCAUCUCGCGUGAGGGAUCAUUUACUUUUUCGUAGUGAUUUCUUUUCGCAGAAGCUUCCUGUCUUUCUAGAACCGAGGGCAUCUUCCAUAUCUUCCGGUAAUAAAGGCGCACGUACUGAAGAAACUGGUGCCUACAUGGACUGUUCCAGAAUGGAAGAAGUUAGUUUCGGAAGGCCAGAGGACGAUGCGUACCCUUCUGGGCCAGCACAGGUUAUGCUUCCAGCAGGAUCACCGGCAGAAAGCUCGGUUAGCGCUGAUGCGGUACUAUGCGAGAACUAAAAUGCUUUUAUUUCCUACUUUGAAGAUGUCGUGAAAUCUGCAGAAGAUGACUUGCCAUUUUUUCUCACCUACAUCAAUCGUAGAACACCAAAAAUACACAUGAUUGCCAACAACAACUACUAACUUCCAAUUACAAAUAAUGCACCAAGUAAAAACUACAGCCCUCGACGACCGGUCCAACCCGUCGCUCGCCUUCUAUACCGAAGCAAGGUACCGCAUCUUCAACGAGAAAGCAUCGUCCUGGAUCCCGGUCACCCAGAUUCCAACAGGAAAUGUUUGAUGCCUUAUCCCAAAGAGUCAGGAUACUGGAGCAAAGCCAUAGACGUCUGCAAACGCAGAAAAUUCAAGCGGAAAGCGGGAAAACUAGACUAGAAGGAGAAGUCCUAGAUUUGAAGGCAGAAUUGGAAACAAUGAGAAGCUGGAAAGGCUAUGCGGUAGAAGUGGAUGCUAAGUUAAGACUACUUAUACUACUGCAAAUUUUUUCUAGUCUAUGCGGUAGAAGUGGAUGCUAAGUUUUUAAGACUACUUGCUACUGCAAAUUUUUUCUCCGGCUACAUUUUUCUCUAUCUACAUUUUUCUCUAUCGAUGGAUCUUUUGGAUCUGACUUCUCCGUAUGAUUCUGCGUCUGCUAAUCACUCUCUCCGAAAUGAAUGCAGAUUGGCAGGACUUCGUCAAGCUGCGGCAAAACACAGACCUAAAGCAGAUGGAGAUUCAGAAUGAGAAGGUUCUGAAAAUCCUGCAAAUGAAAGACGCGAAAUUAGAAGAACUAGUGGCGGAGAGAGAAAAAGAGACGAAUAAAGCGAGGGGGAGUGGUAUUUUUACAUGUCUCUCUGUAGUAGACACACUAGUAGACACUAGAAGCUUUGGAUUGUUGGUCGCUUUGACAAUUCCAAAUCAGACUACUAGUAUUUUCCAUCUUAACUCAACACCAAGAACCAAUCUCCUCUCAAAAAACACACAGAGCAGCAGCUCCAAGAACGUCUACACGCGGCAGAGGCCAGACAGCGAGAGAUGCUUCAGGACCUGCAAGAGUUGGAGACCGUAAGAGGCCAAGAGACUAAACUACAACAGCAACGAGUCGAGUCUUUACAGGCAGAAGCAGCUGAACUGAGAGAGGAGAGGGAUCGAUUUGCUGCUCUAUUUACGGCUCCUCUACUCUUCAGCUUCACGAUCAACAUCUUUUACGAGGACAUCUUUCCAGAAGAUGAACUACAUUUUCAUGAUCAUGUGGAGGAAAGCAGGCAAAAACUGCUCAAAGGGAUGUCAUGUGAUGUCUUGUUGGGGUAAGACUUCUAUUCUAAUCUAUGUCGCGAAGUAGAAUCUCGCAGUACCGACGAGCUGCGAAGUGUGCGUGACGCUUUAGCGACUGCGGAACGCAGGCUUUGUGAGGGGGAUGCGGAGUGUGAAAGAUUGAAGGAUCUCAAUGCGAAGGCAGCCGAAGAGAUCCAGAAACUUCUACGUGAGUGUCAGGAAAAGCAAGACGAGCUAGCAGACAGGGGAACACAGAGACAAGUUAAGGCUACCACAGAUACAUUCUACUUCGUUCUUGGGCUGUUUUCCAGAAUGAAAACGAAAAGAACACCGGCAGGGGAUCCUCGCAAGGACACAUGAAAAGGCGGUUCUAAUGCACGCGCUGCUACAAGACGUGGACGCAGCCAUUCUCCAGGCGAUCACCUUAAGGAGGAUGGACGAGUAUCAUCAAGUAGAGCUGCAGCUGCCGCUGUGCGUGGAGAGAUUGGAUCGACAAUAGUGUCAUCCUCUUCAGCCGCGAACAACAGUAAUCUGGAGUCUUCUAGCGUGUUCUGUCUGUCACAGCAGCAGGAAGCAUCUCCCCAGGGGAAUGCUGGGCUUGUAGUAGAGAAUUCUCAACUCGCCGCUGAAGUUGAGAGACUGCAGGAAGUUCUCGCUGAGAGGGAUGCGGAAUUGGAGGACUGUGAACGUUUACUGCAUCACACAAGGCGUAAAGACCUGCGUACUUCUGAUAUGCGCGGAGGUGGGAAUAAAGAUGCGCGUAUUUUUAUGAGUCAGGGGACAAGAGAGUCAUCAAGAGUAUCUUUUUUAGUUGUCUUAAUACACUUCUGCGAUUCCAAUUCUGGACAAUGUUUCUAGUGGCCUUACACUGAGAAUUCCAAGUCUGGACAAAAUUCAUCAACAUUAUGCUCUACAAAGUAAGAAUCAUCUACUAACGAACCAGAGUCAUGAAUUAAUUAAAACACGUGGACAUGAUCUCUAUCACUAUAUUCUAAUGUGAGCUCCCCCGACGUCGAUGCGUCUUCGACAAACGCAGGCGCGGCAUUAGAAACGGUGAAACUAAUGGCACAAUUGAAGGCCAGACUCCACGAAUCCGAGACGAAGGCAAGAAAAGCAGAAAGCGAUGCGGCUGAGCUAGCGAGCAAACUACAGAACACCGCUGAAGCGGAAGGAGAAAAACGGGUUAAGUUAAGAUUUGGUUGUAAGCAGAGAUCUUGCUCUUUCCGAUAUCACCAUGAGCAUUCCUCAGAAAGGUACAAGUUGGUUGAACGGCCUCCAUAUAGCGUUUGUAGAACGUAAAAUGAGGCUCCCUGACAUGACAUUCAUUAGUAGAAAUACAAAUAGAUACCAUAGGACGUAAAUCCUCAAAAUUGACCUCUCGCCAGGCACAUCAAUCAAUCAAGCGUAGAACCCCGUCUAAUCUCAGCUGAAGAUGCUCUGAAGGUGUACACGAGUAAAACCUACGCUACUGGAGAAACGCAGACCUCGGAUGCUUGGUGGAAUGAGGUGCAGAUGCUAUCGGAUAGUGGUAAUCUGUAUUUGAGUUUUGUUUGGGUUUUGUUGGAUUUACUAAGUCUGAAUCGAAUCCUGUUUUGAAAUCGAAAAUCAUCAUCCGCUGCGUGGUCUUUUCCGCCAGGUUACUUAAGAGCACUACACAGCGAUUACAAUUCCAUUUUCUUCUCUCUUCCUUUGACCCACAGCCGUCUCCGCUGUUUCUGCCGAACUUCGUUCUGAACUCCUCAAGCAAGAACAAGUCUUGCACGACCAACGCCUAAGUGCGCAACGAGAGGAGCGUAUUUCCGAUGACAAACUGAGAGACGCUCAAAAAGAGUUGGAAUUCGCUACGAAAGAAGCGGCUGACUGGAAGAAGGAAUGCGAAAAUGGGCAGAGAACCGCAGCAGCGGAUGUCAAGGAGGCUCGCGAUCGGGCUUGCGGCUUGGCGGAGAAGAUGGAAAGCCUGCAGCAAGAGAUCGAAGUACUUCAAGAACAAGCCGGACAGAGUCGCAAACGACACGAAAGUGAGAAAGCGAAACUAGAAGCCGAGGUAAAGACAUUGGAUUCUCGACUGAACGAGCGUCAUGCUCAACUAGUAGAAGCACUCGGCAGUUUGGAGGCGGCUACGAAGGUGGUGAAUAACCAUAGCAAACAAGGGGCACCUGCAGGAGGUCCUACAGCUUUUACGGGUAGGCGAAAGGUGGUCCCCCGUGUUCCUGUUAGCGUUCGUUUUGCCUCUUCUAAGGGAGGGGAAAGGCAUAACGAACGGGGCAAAGGAACACCUCCAAGAGGGUACCGCUAAAACUUCUGGAAGUAGUAGUGAUGGUGGAGCACACGCGGUAGGUGUAAAUGGGCAAGAUCAUGAUGCUGCUACUUCUUCACAAGUCGGAGAGUUGCUGAGACGUGUGAGUGAGUUAACGGCCAAGAACCUGGCUUUGACGAAGGCACGUGCAGGCGAACAAAGAGAGAAAAGAUUCUUGGAAGCCUCUUUCGAAUUGUUAUCGCGUGAACACGAAACAGUUACCCGUCGCGAGAACACUCUUGCUUCGCAACUGGCAGUUGCAAGAAAGAGUCUGGAAACUGUUGAGAAAAACUGUCUCAACAAAACCAAAGCCGCCGAAGACGCUUCCGCAGCCUUGAAGCAGAGCGAGCAAGAGCGACGACGUCUAUGGCGCGACAAGGCACAUGCGGAAGAACAGUCUGAGCAUUGGCGAGCGGAACUAGCAAGAGAAAGGAGCGAAAGAGAAGAACUCUGCGCUCGACAGGUAUCGAGAUUACGCGACGAGCGACAACGACUGGAAGCGGACGUGGUUCAGGCGAGUACCUUUGGGGCAUUAGAAGCAUUGUUUGAACAAGAAUUCGAUGCAGACUUGCAUGGUGGUUCUAGUUCUAGUUCUGCGUCGAGCGACAACAAGCCAAAAGAUCAUCAUCAUCCACCAGCAUCUUCUUCUUCAUCCGCAGCGGCCCCAGGAGUUAGUACUUCCUCAAAUUCCUCCGGUAGCCCUAGGAUACCGAGUUCUCCUGUGACGUUCUCAGCAGGCUUAUCGCAGACGGUAGAGGAUCGCAAGAGGGCUGUGAAGAGACCGCCACCUGCACCGCGUGGCCCGCCUCCGUCGCAAAACGCUGCUAGGAGUCGCUCGGCGUCGAGGCAGGAACAGAAGACCACGCCACAGGUGUCGUUCUUAGUCGAAAAUGAGACGUAUAUUUCUAGUGACAAGCAUGCAGUAACUGCACAAAGUCAAGGUGCACAUGCCCAUGCGGGACAACACGUUCAAGGCCAUUCGCAUCGCGGAACUUCAUCUUCAACACAGACACAAACACAUCAGCACUCAAGAAAUGCAUCGCCUUCAUCUAGUUCUAGAGCACCUCCGAAUAAACACGGCAACAGUGCGCUAUUCACACUAUUGCAGAGUACGUUGGCGGAUCUUAAACAGGUCCUGGCCAGACGGGACGACUCUGUGGUAGACAGGGUCGGCAACCUGUACUUGUCUCUAGUGAAAAAGUACUUUAUAUCCGAGAAGCAACUGGCUUUUGCAGAAUUGCGUGAGACGCGGUCGAGGAAUCAGAUUGCGCGCUAUGCUGAAACGGCUGCUGGAGGAGAAGCCAAGUCGCUAAAGAUGAGUGGCGAAGUCAAGAACACUUCAACUUCGUCGAAAGACUCCAAAGACUCCACUAGUUCUGCGAAGAGCAGUAACCAGGAAGAGAAUUCUGGCACAACUACGGUUGAGUUCAGGACCUCCCGACCAGAAACUUCCAGUUACCUCGCUGCGAUCAGCGAACUUGAGCGUUCACUGGAAGACACAGCGGCAACAACAGAAGCCUUGAGGCAGCACAGUUUUUUGCUUGAGGCGCAAAAUGCAGAGUUAGAAACCAAGUUGCGGACACAAGCAGAGGUAAGCGACCGAUUGUCGACUCAACUAGCACUAGAACGCUCAGGACAAGCGGCCAAUCUAGAAUCGGCAAGGCAUGGUAUGGAGGAAGAAGUACUGGCUAAAAUUGGCGGUUGGAAGGACGCAUUAUUGGAUAAAGUGGUGUCCUUGGCACUGGUUGGAGGUGGGGGAGGUGACUCUGGCGGCAAUAAAUCAGCAUCAUCGUUGCUUGGUAUGAACAAGGAAAAAACAGAAAACCUAACAUCCACAACAGGUAAGAUCAACAUCACUGGACUGGACAGCCACAACGAUGCACCGCUGAGAACAGCACAGAGUACUAAAGACACAACGACUGGUCAGAGCGCGACUACAGAGAGCAGUCGCACUAGCCCUAGUGACCAAGAGCAAGUAUUUGAGCAGAUGGAACAUGAUCUUCACCGACCACGCGCUACAGCAAGAACCGGCUUUGAGGCCGCGGCACAUGCAGCCAAAGUCCAAAGGCAUUGUUGGUCCCUAGAAAUCGCGGUCCAGGAGCUAUCGGAGGAACUGGCCAAGCAGAAACUGCUUGCCUCCUCUGUGUGGCAACAGAACACACAGCUGAAGGCGUUCAUUCAGCCCUCGUCUUCUGGGAGUGGUCCUGUUGGUGGAAUGCUUGGUACGAGCGGAAUAAGCGCGGCCACCAAUGGAGGAAGUAGAAGUAUGUUGGACCAUAGCGGCACCAUGCUGCCGGGGGUAGGGGUAGCUGGAGGCGUCGUUGGUUCUGACACCGUGGUGAAAAACCUUGUCGGAGGGAGUGCGAUCGACCCGGCUUCGUUUGACAACUCCGCACUAUCGCAAGUGGAUCAACUUCUACGGUCGAGCAGAAAGCCUAUCUACGGUACUACAGGUGCUCUCCAACUAGUUCCCUUUUCGUAUUCGUCGACAAUGAUCUCAGCAGAAGGGAGCGCGACCAGGCUGUUGUCUCAAGUCGAGAGACGACAAAAGGAGUUCUUAGCCACGGUCUAUCAGAACAACGAGGCUCUGCGUGUCCGCGCACAAGAGCAGCUGCAGGACAAGAUCAAACACUUGGAACAGCAACUGCAGCAAAUCACUUUGGAGCGGGAGAAGAUAGAGCUAGAACGGUCUAGACUCUCUGGAGCAGCGAUGGAAUCGAGGUUAAGGGUUACCACAUUGCAUUCUUCACUACUUGUUUUCGAGUAGCACACUGCCUUGUUUUCAGUAGCACAUUCGCCCACCACAUUUACUACAUUGCCUUGUUAUUUUCCAGUAGGAAAAGGGUUAGGGAUGAUCUGAAGAAUGCAAUGUCGCAACCUCUAACGAGGGAGCAAACUCAGAGACAAAUCCUAGACUUGCACGAAGAAAAAAUGCGAGAACAGUCCGCAGCAGAGGCAGAAAGAAGAAGAUUGGCGACAACGCUGUCGCAAACCGAAAUCCAGUUGGAGGACGCAAGGAGGGUGACGAGGGAACAGUUAUGCAAGAUAGAUAGCAGAUCUUAAUGUUAACGUGUAGAAGAGGACCUGUUGAAGAUCGUGGCAGCGGACAAGAACCGUGGCUACUUCUGAAAACACUUGAUAGUCUAUCAUUCGGUCUUUUUGCUCUUCUUUUCUGAAGGUACAAUCAGGCUGAAAGGGCCUCAAUCCCAUUUGACAGGAUGGACAAUGAGGUAGCAUGACAAGACAAGAUUUGCAUUUGUUUCUCUUACGAAUUUUCUCCCAUGGUUCUAACCUACGAAGACCUACUCAGUAGCGCAAUGACUCGAGAAAAACAGCUUCGGGAAGAAGUUUUGGCAUUAGACGGCGAUCGUGCGCAAUUACAAGCGGUUCUUACGACCGAGAGGGACGCGGCAGAGCAAGGAGCUGCCGAGCUCGCGAAGGUUCGUCUAGAACUACGCACUGCAACCUUGGAGGCCGAACGCGCAACGAAUGAGAGGCUGCAAAUCGCAGAUGCUAAGGAGUUAUGGGUUAUUUUGGGAGGACUCUUUUCGGGAGAGGCACGACCAACUUUGUUCUUCUAGAGGUUCGAAGACUCUCUUUUCCCAGUCUAGUCUUGGUAAGUACGGAAUUUCCGAAAUGAAAAGUUGAUACUUGUCGUUUCUCCUUCUAAUUCCAUCCACAGAGGCCGAACUCUCUGAACAACUACGCGCUGUCCAAGCGCGUGCAAGUGCAGCUGAGGAGUCUCUUCAUUUGCGUAUAAACGACCUCGAUCGCCUGCAGAUGCAAACCGAGAAGACGCGACUAGAAUUGAACAGCUACGAGCAAAAGUACACCGACGCUCUGGAGAUGAUAGACAGCUUACAAGCCGAUGUUGGUGAGAAACACCAAACGGAUGGAGAGAACGAGCAGCUGCGUGCACAAGUGGCUCGGCUGGAAUUAGAUGCCGGUAGCCGGGAACUGGAAAUACAGGGACUUGUGGAAGCAUUUGAGGAGGUGAAGAAACAGCAACAACCAAGGAAUUCACUUGAGGGAGCUGCACUAGGACAACCCUCUAAGGAAGAACUGCAAGAAGAAACGGUGAUGCGAACCAGGGUUGGCACAGCCGAUACAGCCCUCGCGGUGACUAUUUCUGAUGUGGUAGAGCAGCAGCAUGAAAUCGACCCAUUCGAUAUUGGAAGCAUGCUAGAUCUGCAGCCGCCCCAACAGCAACCUAAGCCUACAUCAGAACGUCUCCUUACUGCUCGCGGCACCGAUUUGCGUUCUUCUAUUUCGUUGCCUAGAUUUGGAACCAAUCAACAUUAAGGCUCAACUUUCAAUGGUCAUUGGAGUUGGUCACUGAGAUCGAAGAGGCGACCCCUUGAGAGAACAGGGGAAAACGAAGGGAAAGGGGAGAGUUUUGGAGGGGGUUUCUUCCGUUCAGAGUCAGUGACCAAUGAAUGCUGAGCUUUAACAACAAGAUCAAGGCUGUCAGACUCUCCUGGAGUGUCCCACGGGACUACGUAGAGCAGAAGAGCGCUGUUACCUGGUCUCGGCGUCGGACCACGAGGCCUUGGAAGCGAAAAUGACGAAGUUGCGCGACAAGGUAGCAAGUCUAGAAAAGCGGAGGGCGUUGGAGAGACAACGCGUAGAGGAAGCAGCGGCGAGGGAACAACAAGAAUUGAUUUUUAUGGGGGGUAGGGUGGAUUGGUAGGGUGGAUUGGUCGUUUUAAAACACUUCAGCAUGAAUUUUAUCACUCGAAAACGUAAGUAGCUCGAUUACAUUUUCAACCUAACAACUGUGUCCUCUUCCUCUAACAGGCCACGCCUUGAAGCGUUGCUUGACGCACAGAAGCAUCUGCAGGAGAAAUACAUCACCGUCAAAACUGCGAAAAAAACUCUCGAAGCCCGCGUGAUGGACUUGGAGCAGCAGAACUUUUCCUUGUUGAGUCAGGAGGAAGCUGAAGAUCGCAAAGCAUCGACAAAUGCUACUAGACACGACCAACUUCAACAUCUAGCCGACUCACCCGGCGAUUCCGCAAUAGUCGGUGUUGAACGGGCAAAAGCUGAGAUGGUAGUGGCUGUGCAGGGUGCUGGAAGUACAACAUUGACGGCAAAUGAGUCAACUUCCGGGGAAGCAGAUUCAUCAUGUUCAUCAUCCUCUUCUUCGCCUGCGCUGGGAGAACCAAUGUCCGGAACCUCAAAUGCAUCGGCAAAGAAAGUAGUAUCCUCUAUUGAAACACAAACGGAGUCUGGAGACGCUUCCAGAAGUGUAGAUACUUCUACAAAGGCUUCACAGAGUGAGGCAAGACCGCUUUCUCUUUGCCUUCGUCCCGCAGGGGAUUUGUCAACUGUCAUUGACGUUUACCCUGAUACGAUGUUUCAGGCGAAGAAGGCGGCUUUGGCGGAGCUUCUGGAUGGUACGCAGGCGAUGAAUGCGAAGAACGAAGAAACAUCCGAGGUUCUUGAUUUAAGGGUUGGAAGUUGGAAUGCGAAGAAUGAAGAAACAUCCGAGGUUCUUGAUUUAAGGGUUGGAAGUUGGCCUAUCAUCUAUGGGCAUCUCUAUGGCUUCGCCAAGUAGGAAAGCCAUAGAUAUGCGAACUAGAGAUGCCAACUCUCAGCCUCUAAUUGA